AUGAAGCGGCCUUCAAACCCCGUGAAGUUUGCUUUGAGCGAGGGGGAUAUUCCCUUGUUGCAGACUCUGCUGAGCAUCGAUCAUAUAAUUGACCAUAGUGAUAGCCGAGCAUACAUGCAAUAUGCAAUCAGGCUUGGGAAUAUUGAGCAACUCAAAAUUCUGCUUACGCUAAUGGCGCUGUCAAAAGGCUUCUGCAGAACUCGAAGCAAGAGCCACUUCUACAGACUGCAGCGAAAGCCCGGAAAGACGAGAUGGUAUCUUUGCUUUUAG